UAAAAACGUGUUCCAUUUUCAUUUUAGAUUUUUCUGCCUUUAUUGACAAGUGCCUUAAUUGAUAAAUAUGAAGGUAUGACAAAGACAGAAAUAGUUCAAACUAUUGAAAAGGUUUCAUCGCCAGAAUAUAUUUAUUGUGAAGGAUACAAACUGACAACAACGGUGUGGACACAGACAGGUUUGGAGAAUCGAACAGUUGGCUAUGUAAUGCCAAAUGGACAGGUUGUGAUCGAGGAAGAAUUAUAUCCAAAUUUAAAGUAUAAAUAUAACAAACAAACAUUCUUUGUGUCCGUUAUUGUGUAUCCUCCGUAUGUAAUAAAAGCUGAGAUUGACGGUGUAACAAAGUUUACAGGGUUUAUUAUUGAUGUCCUCUCUGAUUGGCCGAAACUCUUAAUUUCAAGUAUCAGCUAUUUGAAGUACCGGAUGGUAAUUACGGAAUGGUUGUUAACAAGACUACACUUGAAUUCAAUGGUCUAAUUGGUCAAGUCCAAAGAAAGGAAGUCGACAUGGUUGUAGGUGAUAUUGCAAUAUCAAACGAACGAGAGAUGGUCAUGGAUUUCACGGUUCCUUUUUACUUCACCUAUAGCACUGUACUUAUGAAACGAUUGACUAAUGAAAACAACAACUGGCGAAAGCUAGCAGAUCCAUUCAAGUGGCAGGUUAUUUUACUUGUAAUCGCCACACUUUUUCUUGGGUCCAUUAUUAUGAUGAUCUUGGAACGUAACAACCCGUUCUAUACAACUGCGUUAAAGUCACAUGAAUCAGUUCACAAUUGUUUGAGGAACAGAUGCGGAUUCAUGUCGGUCUAUGGGUCCAUAUCUGGUCUUGGCAUGAUUGUCUUAAAUGAAAGCCAUUCUGAUGUUCACAGCCCUAGGUCGAUUACCGGCAGAACAUUGUUCAGUACUUGGUGUUUGUUUUCUUUGGUAAUCUAUGGAACGUAUUGCGGAAAUCUCACAGCUUCUUUAACUGUGGUUCAAGAAACUAAACCAUUUAAUUCAUUGAGUGAAAUGGCAAAACAAGUUGACAGUUAUAAGUGGGGAACAAUUGGCGGAUCACUUUGGGAAGAGUUAUUCAUGACUUCAACUACUCCGAACUUCAAAGCGAUAGGUGAGGCAAUUAGACGUUUCAACAAAACGGAUCCAGAUGUACUGAAUAAAAAUAAUGCUUAUCAUAUCAACAAAGUGAAGAAUGAAGACAAUUAUGCGUUUAUUGGUGACGAUGGUUCAUUAACCAAAACAAUAGCCAAUGACUGUCGACUUACUAAAAUGCGAGAACGCUUUAUAUCGCUAUCAAUUGCAUUUGGGUUUCCUGACAAAUCUCCUCAUGUACUGAUAUUUUCUGAAAGGCUAUCUCGAAUGUACAGCUCCGGUUUGAUAAAAUUCUUGAAAAGGAAGUGGUGGCGAUCGAAGAAAGAAAAAUGCGACAAAGAAACAACGAAAGCAGAGGCGAAACAAUUGAAACUGAAACAUGUACAAAGUGCUUUUUACGUGGCUGCCGGUGGACUCGCAUUAAGUACAAUCGCGUUUGGAAUAGAACUCCUUAUUUCAAAGAUUAGGCAUUGGACACGGUGCAAUGUGCGUUCAGGAUUAGACUGAUUGUUCCUAAAGCUGAGAGAUUUGUUGUAACUAUUCCUGUCGAAGAAAAGUAAAGUUAUGUUCAUAUUCGUGAAAUAAACA